CUCUAUAAGGAUGUGAUGUUGGAAAAUUAUGGGAACAUGAUAUCACUUGGAUUUUCAUUUCCUAAACCUCAUUUGAUCUCUCAUCUGGAGCAAGGGGCAGAGCCCUGUGUUCAGGAUCUACAGGAUAGAGAGUUCCUGAGCUGUUCCUACCCAGUGUCAACUGAUAAGACAUGGCCUGACAAUGAGAAGACAAGUUCAGAACAAGAGGUUUUUGAAAAUAGAAUAAUCAAUAAGGUGAAAUUUAACAGUCUCCUGGAAGUUGUUUCCCAAGAUCCUGAAGUUGGAGAAGCUUGUCUUCAAGGUGUCAAAUUUGAGAAUCAAUGGGAAACACCUAUAAUGAGAGAAGAGGAAGGCAGUUCUACAGAAUUGGCCUUCAAAAUAGGAAAGAACCCAAAGAUACUUAGAAAAAACUUUAAUCCAAACUCAAAACAUUUUCCAUAUAAUAGAGUUCUGAUAGCACAGAAAUGCCAUGAAUGUGCCAAGUGUGGCAAAAACUUUAAUUGGCAUUCAGAUCUGAUUCUCCAUGAGCAAAUUCAUUCUAGGGAGAAACCCCAUGUGUGUAACACAUGUGGGAAAGCAUUCAAGACCAGAAAUCAGCUUUCUAUGCACCAGAUAAUCCACAUAGGAAAGAAACCCUUUAACUGUGCACAGUGUGGGAAGGCCUUCAAUAGUAGAUCAGCUCUUUGCCGACACAAAAAAACGCACAGUGAAGACAAGCCUCAUGCGUGCAGGGACUGUGGGAAGACCUUCAAGACAAGAAACCGACUCUGUGUGCAUCAGCUUGUCCACACUGGGGAAAAGCCUUUUGAGUGUAAUGACUGUGGGAAGGCCUUCCAGUUUAAGCAUUCCCUUACCAUCCAUGUUAGAAUCCACACUGGAGAGAAACCAUACGAAUGUGAGCAGUGUGGGAAGGCUUUCAGUGGGAGUUCAGACCUUACCAAACACACAAGAAUCCACACUGGGGAACGACCAUAUAAGUGCAGUGAGUGUGGGAAGGCCUUUAGUCAGAGCUCAGACCUGAGCAAACACAAACGAAUCCACACUCAGGAGAAACACUAUGGGUGUCCCCAAUGUGGAAAAGUCUUCACUAUCAAGGCAGAGCUCACCAAACACAGGAAGAUCCACACAGAAGAGAAAUCAUACAAGUGUGAGGAGUGCGGGAAAACUUUUCGUCAUAACUGUAAGCGCAGGGCUCAUGAACGAGAACACACUGGGGAGAAGCCCUAUCAAUGUGGGGCUUGUGGGAAAGCCUUCCAGGAUCAGCACUGCCUUACUGUCCAUCAAAGAAUCCACACAGGAGACAAGCCUUAUAAAUGUUCAGAGUGUGGCAAAGCUUUCAAUGGGAAGUCAAACUUAACCAAUCAUCAGAGAAUCCACACUGGCGAAAAACCUUACAAAUGUGAGGUGUGUGGAAAGGCCUUUCCUCAUAGUUCAGUCCUGAGGCAGCACAAAAGAAUCCACACUGGUGAGAAGCCAUAUAUCUGCUGUGAGUGUGGCAUGUCUUUCCGGCAGGGCUCGGCUUUAAUUGGACAUAAGCGAGUUCAUACUGGGGAGAGACCUUAUGAAUGUGAGGAGUGUGGAAAAACUUUCAGAGUGAGCUCAAAUCUUACUGGACAUAAGAAAAGAAAACAUUGA